CCAUUAAAAAAACAAUCUGAUAGUUGAAACAACACAGCCCACUUCUCUCUCUCGCCGAAGUUCAUUUUUUUCGUUUUGAUAUGUAACCCUUGUAUGAUUCUGUCAUCUGUGUCUCUCUCCAAAUCUUGUUUUUAUUUUGUAUUCUAUUAUUCCUCAACGUGCAUAGACGCUCUUACUCUUCUUUUUCACACAAAGAAAAGAAAAAACAAUAAUCAAAUUUAGGUUCUACUCUUUUCUCACAUCUCAAGCUGUCUUCUUUGCUUCUCUCUCUUUCUCUGUAACUUGAAUUAUUCAUCAAGUUUUGAUUUUUGUUGGCUAAUUCUGUCGAAACGCAUUCCAACUUUUCUGGGUUUUGUUUAAUUUCUCUGUUGAGCUCAAGAUUCAGCUGUCUUGCUGUUUCAAAAGUCUGAAUUCCGGAAUAUUUUUGAGAAAGCGGUCUCAAUCCUCCUCUGAGUGCGGUAUUUAAAUUCCACAACGUGUUUGGACAAUUGAGGAAAACGAGUAUGUGACAACAGUUGAUUGGAUAUGGGUUCUGCAAACAUGGAGAAGAAAUGGCUAUUCCCCCUUGUCAUAAGCUCUGUCAUAUGCGUAUUCCUUCUAGCCACUUCCUUGAACUUGGGUCUUGUCUCUUCACGACAUGCAAUCAAUUCAAUCUUCUCAUUUUUCCCAUCUCGGGUAGUAGCAAACCAAAGUAGUCCAGCUUUUGCUGAGAAUAUAGUUUCACAAGGUCCACCCCCUCCUUCAGUACCAGGAAUUCCUCGUUUUGCCUAUCUAAUUUCCGGGUCAAAAGGGGAUUUGGAAAAGCUUUGGAGAACUCUUCAAGCACUGUACCAUCCGCUGAAUCAGUAUGUUCUUCAUUUAGACCUUGAGUCACCAAUAGCAGAAAGAUUGGAGCUUGCUUCACGAGUGGACAACGAGACGAUGUUUAAUACAGUUGGGAAUGUAUUUGUGAUUAAGAAAGCUAAUAUGGUAACUUACAGAGGACCGACCAUGGUUGCUAAUACUCUUCAUGCCUGCGCAAUUCUUCUCAGGAGGAGUAAGGAUUGGGACUGGUUUAUCAACCUUAGCGCCUCAGAUUAUCCUCUUGUUACUCAAGAUGAUCUUUUUCACACCUUUUCACCUUUAAAUCGAAAUCUCAAUUUCAUUGAGCAUACAAGCCAACUUGGUUGGAAGGAGGAAAAACGAGCAAUGCCUUUAAUUCUAGAUCCUGGUCUCUACUCAUCAAAAAAACAAGAUGUAUUUUGGGUUACGCCCCGCCGAACAUUACCUACUUCAUUUAAAUUGUUUACUGGUUCAGCAUGGAUGGUCUUGUCUCGGUGGUUUGUAGAGUACUGCGUUUGGGGUUGGGACAAUCUUCCGAGGACCCUUCUCAUGUACUACACAAACUUUGUUUCUUCACCUGAAGGCUAUUUUCACACUGUCAUAUGCAAUGAGCCAGAGUUUGCUAAAACUGCAGUCAACCAUGAUUUGCACUAUAUUUCUUGGGAUAUUCCUCCAAAACAGCAUCCUCACACCCUCAACAUUAAUGACACAAACAAGAUGAUUGCAAGCGGUGCUGCCUUUGCUCGGAAAUUCAAACACGAUGACCCUGCCCUAGACAAGAUUGAUAAGGAUUUACUUCGUCGAAGAAAAGGGAGCUUCACUCCUGGUGGUUGGUGUGCUGGCAAACCAAAAUGCUCCAGGGUUGGGAACCCAAACAAGAUCAAACCAGGUCCAGGGGCCGAAAGGCUUCGCCGCCUUGUGGGUAGGCUUUCUUUGACAGCUAAGUUUGGUCAAAACCAAUGUAAAUAGAUUCUGUGGACAUUCUUGCAAAUUGAAUUAGUGAAAGGAAAAGAAAAAGGUAAAAUGAAGACAAAACCAUACUUCUGUUCCAUCAACAAGCAAGACAACAGUUUGUUGGAGUUUAAGGGAUCAAAUUUUGAUGCUAAGCUUGAUAGAAUUGAGACAGGUCAGUGUCCAUUGAGCAUUACCCUAAGUUGUCACAUUCUUGAACCCAGAAAGGAGUUUGAUCAUAAUUGUUUCGAUAGGUUCUACAUUUAGAACUUUUACAAUCAUACAUUAUAUAUUUAGUGUACUGUUACUGUUCUUCCGCCUUGGUUCGUUCUUUUCUCCGAAUUUAUGUGUUUUAUUGAGCUAGAAUUUUUUA